AUGGCCUCCAAGACCUUUGAAUGGCGACCAGCAAAGCUGCUGCAGGACUACAACAUUGGUCAGGACUUCGCUCUUCUCAUUCUUAAUCAGCCUUUGAAGAACGGCGUCAACCUGCGCAAGCUCUGGAAGAACUCUUCUGUGAGAGUUGCAGCAGAUGGAGGAGCAAACAGACUGCACAAGUUAUCAUCCUUCCAUGGAAAAUACUCCAACCUCCAGCUCAUCAUCGGCGACCUCGAUUCCCUGACCCCAACAGUCCGCGAUUUCUACUCGUCGCAACCCUCCCCUGCGCAAAUCAUCCGCGACACCGAUCAAGAGUCGACCGAUUUCUCCAAAGCCGUCAACUGGAUCCGCAAAGAACAUGCCGGAAUUGACAUUGUCGCUCUCGGAGGCAUUGGCGGCCGUGUCGACCAGGGUCUUUCCCAGCUCCACCAUCUGUACCUCUUCCAAACCGAUCCCGAAUAUGCGAGCGGUCGCGUCUUCCUCCUCUCUGGCUCGAGCCUGACCUUUUUGCUCAAAGCCGGUACACAUCACAUCCAGGUCCGUGAGGAUGGUGAGGAGGACGCCUUUGGCAAGCACAUUGGCAUUAUCCCUCUCAAGGAAGCCGCCAACAUUACAACAAAGGGAUUCGAGUGGGAUGUCGAGGAUUGGCACACCGAGAUUGGCGGCAAGCUGAGCACUAGCAACCACAUUUUGCCCGAAUCGCAGGUCGUGACUGUGACGACAGAUAAGGAUGUGCUCUUCACGGUAGCACUUAAAGAAGGCGACGGUGAUGACGAGUGA